GUAUUCUCACAAGAAGAGUUGAGCCAAGCACUAAUGCCUGUUCUACAGAAAUUGUAUCAGCAGGUUCCUGAGUGCGAACCAUUCCUCUAUCCCGUCGAUCCCAUUGGGCUGGGGAUUCCCGUUAGUUUCAGUUUUUUACGAGAUUUUCAUGAAUGUGAUUACCAUGCAAUCAUCAAGCACCCUAUGGAUCUGUCGACCAUAAAGGACAAGUUGGACAAUGGUAUUUACGAGAACCCCUGGGAGUUCAUCGACGACGUCGGACUGAUGUUUGACAAUGCAUGGCUCUACAACAGAAAAACCUCCAAAGUUUACAAAUAUUGCUCCAAACUAUCUGAGGUGUUUGACAACGAGAUAGAUGAAGCCAUGAUAUCACUUGGCUACUGUUGUGGCCGAAGACACGUCUUCUCGCCACAAGUCCUCUGCUGUUUUGGCAAACAACUCUGCUCCAUACCUCGAGAUACAGUCUAUUAUAACUACCUUGAUAGGUUGGUUUGUUGGGCAGUUGUUGAUGAUGUUGUCAUGUACAUAUAUUGUGAGAAGUGCUUCAACGAACUGCAAGGGGAAGAGGUGGAGAUGGUUGACGAUCCCUCACAGCCUGGACUUAAAAUCAAAAAAGGACAAUUUGUGAGAGAGAAGAACGACAAAUUGGACCAUGAACAAUUCGUGAAUUGCAAGGAAUGUGAUAGGAAGAUGCACAAGAUCUGUGUCCUACACAUGGAGAACAUUUGGCCUGAAGGCUUCUUGUGUGACUACUGCCUCAAAGCAUUGCAGACCAAGAGGAAGGAAAAUAAGUAUUCUGCUAAAAGACUGCCAACGACGAAAUUAGGAACUUACCUAGAGACGAGAGUGAACUCUCUCUUGAAGAAGAAAAACUCAGGAGCAGGUGAAGUCACAAUUCGAGUCCUGUCCAGUUACGACAAAGUUGUAGAAGUGAAGUCGGGCAUGAAGGCAAGGUACGUGAACAGGUCCGAGAUGCCGGAGGGCUACCCCUACAGAGUUAAAGCCAUGUUUGCUUUUGAAGAAAUCGACGGCAUUGACGUCUGCUUCUUUGGCAUGCACGUUCAGGAAUACGGGUCUGAUUGUCCAAUGCCCAAUUCACGACGUGUGUACAUUGCCUACCUAGACAGUGUGCACUUCUUCCAGCCGCGACACCUGAGAACCACGGUCUACCACGAAAUACUCAUUGGUUACCUGGAGUAUGCAAAGAUACAAGGAUACGAGUGGGCCCACAUCUGGGCAUGCCCUCCGAGUGAAGGUGAUGACUACAUCUUCCACUGCCACCCUCCAGAUCAGAAGAUCCCAAAACCUAAAAGAUUACAGGACUGGUACAAGAAGAUGCUCGAUAAGGCCUACCAGGAUCGAGUCAUCAUCGAUUACAAAGAUAUUUAUAAAGAUGCAAUUGAGGGAAAUAUCACUAAGGUGACGGACAUGCCCUACUUUGAAGGUGACUUUUGGCCGAACAUACUGGAGGAGUGCAUAAAGGAUUUGGAGCAGGAGGAGGUGGAGAAGAGGAAGAGAGCUGAAGAGGAGGCUGCCCAGGACACCGACGACUUCGAAAGCGACAUCAACGACAGGGCUGAGUUGGAGACAUUUGCUGGUAAGAAGAAGGGGCAGAAAAGUGGAAAUCAGAAGAAGAAGAACACAAAAAGUAAGAAGCCAUCAAAUAGAAAGAACAAGACUGGCCUCAUGCACUGUGGCAAUGAUCUCUCUGCUAAGCUGCUCUCAACUAUGGAGAAGCAUAAAGAGGGCUUCUUUGUAAUAAGACUACAGCCCAUCAACAACUGUCCAGUUGAGAUUAGGGAUGUGGACCCCCUCAUGAACUGCGACCUGAUGGACGGAAGAGAUGCCUUCUUAACACUGGCACGUGACAAACAUUACGAGUUUUCAUCACUAAGAAGGGCCAAGUACUCUUCGAUGGGUCUGCUGUAUGAACUGCACAACCAGGCCAGAGAUGGAUUCAUAUACAGUUGCAACGACUGCAAGGCCAAUGUCGAGACCAGAUAUCACUGCAGUGUCUGUGACGAUUAUGACCUGUGCGUGUCGUGCUACAAGAAGUCUGACCACCCCCACAAGCAGCAGAUGACCCGGCUGGGACUGGAUCUUGACGGGGACUCGAGCAACGAUGCGUCCAACAACAACCUUGCCUCCGAUCAACAGAAUUCGAAAGGACCGAACACACAAGAGGCCAAGAACAUCUCCAUCAACUCGUACAUAUCCUCCUUGGUUCAUGCUUCUCAUUGUCGCGAUGCAAAUUGUCGACUGAACGUCUGCCAGAAGAUGAAACGAUUCAUGCAGCAUAUUCGCACUUGCAAACGACGCCAGGACAACAGCUGCAAAGUAUGCAAGCAGCUGCUGCUACUCUGCUGGACACACGCCAAGCAGUGCAAGGAGAGCAAAUGUCCGGUUCCGUUUUGCAUAAAUUUGAAGCAGAAGUUGGAGCAGCAGAAGGCAGAGGCUCAGUUCAAGAACAAUCAGUUGAUGAGGAGGAGGAUGGCCAUCAUGCAAAGACAACCGGCACUCGAUCGAGCAGAGCACACUCCUCUGUCGAACGCACCUCCAAAUUCAGAUCCUCCGACGCCGACUGCUAUGGGUCCGCCACACGGAGGUGGUGGAUAUGGUGGUAACGGCGGGAAAUUUUUGCAUCACCUCGGUGGCUCCCCCCCUCCGUCGAUGCCCCCUCACCAGGCAGCCAUGAUGGCAGCCCACCAGGCAGAACAAAUGGCUCAAACGCAGAGGCAGGUUCCUCCUGUUUAUGGUGCAGGAAGUGGUGGAG